AAAGACUGCACGGUCAUCUUGAUUCCCGGCAAGGACCAAGAGAUCUACGCGAAGAUCAAAAAAAUAGCCGACUUUGCGGGCAAGCAUACUCUUUGUGCAAUCGGCUCCAAGCUAAGGAUGAAAGGGUCCGAGCAGAACAUGUCGAACUUGGCUCUCAAGGUCAACAUGAAAUUCGGAGGCGACAAUCAUCAUCUUCCGACUACUGAGCUUGACAAAAUCUUAGGUGAACGGCGCAAAGGGACCAUCAUUCUUGGCGCUGAUGUCGCCCACCCCGGAGUUGGUGCCAGGGCAGGAAGUCCAAGUGUCGCAUGUGUAGUUGGAAGCGUAGAUGCGAACUUCAUGAACUAUGGUGGUUCCAUGAGAUUGCAGGCCGGUCGUCAAGAAAAAAUCGAAGACGAGCACAUGUGCUCCAUGGUGAUGGAGCGCCUCCAAGCCUGGAAAGCCAAGAGCGAAAGCGAGAAACUUCCCACCUCCAUUCUCUUCUACCGCGAUGGUGUCAGCGAGUCGCAGUUUAAGGCGUGCAGAGAAGAGGAGAUUAAGCAGAUUCGGGAGGCUUACAAAAGGGUCGGCGGUCGGGAGCCGGACCUCAAGCUGACUUUUGUAGUCGUCGGAAAACGCCACCACACGCGCUUCUUCGCCACAAAGCCAGAGCAGACGUACAAGUCUAUGUUGAAAACUAGCGAUAAUACGUUGACUGAAGUCGACAACGGCAAUCUCAGGCCCGGUCUUCUAGUCGAAGACGUCGUUACCAACCCCAUCCCGUACAACUUCUUCUUGCAGUCCCACCAGGCGAUUAAGGGAACGGCUCGUUCGGCGCACUACCACGCACUGCACGACGACAUGGGACUCGGUGCCGAUAGGCUUCCCUCGCUCACGAUGCUGCUGUGCUUCGCCUUCGGACGCGCUACGAAAGGCGUCUCAUACGUCGCGCCAGCGUACAUUGCGGACAAGCUAUGCGAGCGUGGUACCGCAUACCUCCGCUACUGGAACGACACCGAAAAAGAGCCUGCGCCGCAUUUCGAAGAUUUGGUGCCAACGGAGGUAGACAAGAAUAGCAGGCUCAAGCCGGCCAAGCUAUCAAAGGAGGAGCUGAUGGAGCUCAAGGGGGAGUUUGCGAAGCUACUUUCCCAGACACCAGCUGUGUGGGGAUCGAAUUACUACGAUGGCGACCAGGAUGAGGAGCAGAGGCUCAAUCCCUGGGAUCCGAAUCUCGAC